AUGACGGCCCCCGGGCGGCGCGCGCCGUCGCCCCCGCUGCUGCUGCUGGCGCUGGCGCUGGCGGCGCAGGCCUGCGCGGCGACGGGCGAGGCGGAGGCGGAGGCGGAGGCGCCGCCCGACUGGGUGCUGCUGCACGUGGUGCAGGGCCACAUCGGCGCGGGCAACUACAGCUACCUGCGGCUGCACCACGAGGGCCGCAUCGUGCUGCGCAUGCGCAGCCUGCGCGGCGACGCCGACCUCUACGUGUCCGACACCACGCUGCACCCCAGCUUCGACGACUACGCGCUGCAGUCGGCCACGUGCGGCGGCGACCUGGUGGCCAUCCCCAGCCACUUCCAGCGGCCCGUGGGCAUCGGCGUCUACGGCCACCCGUCGCACCUCGAGAGCGAGUUCGAGAUGAAGGUCUACUACGACCGCGCGCCCGAGCAGCGCCCCGACGCCGCGGCCGCGCGCCCGGACGCGCUGCACGACCCGGGGCCCGAGGAGCCCACGCCCGAGGAGGACUCGCUGCUCUGGACCCUGCUCAUCGGCCUGCUCAAGCUGGUGCUGGAGAUCCUCUUCUGA